GCACACAGGCGGGGAGGGACGAAGGGCGCCCUCGCUGCGACGGGGCGGGGACUGACUGCCCGGGCGGCGCAGCCCCCGUCCCUCCUCCCCGGCGUGUGUGCAUGCUGGGCUGGGAGGAGGCUUCCCCCGGCCGGGCCAGGGGAGGCUCAGAUUCAAGGAAGAGACCGAGCCGAGAGUUGCCGGAAACGUCUAAGCGGCAGCCGCGCUAGCCCGGGGGAGCCCGUAAUGCCCUGGAGGAACAAUGUGAGCAGCUGACAGCAACUCAGGAGCGCUGCUGUAUCCGCCGCCUGCUUUGCUACGGGGCCGGGCCAGACUCAAGGGGGCCGGCUCGUGAGAGAAGUAAACUUCCCCGGGACGGGGAGGGGGGACGCGCUUUCCUGCAAGUUCCCUUCUACUCCCCCCAAGCCCGAGCUCCUGCUCUCUGCUCAGCCUCGCCUGGCCCCCCUUGGCAGCGGGGCUGCUGCCGCUACUGCCAUGGGGCUGCCCACUCUGGAGUUCAGCGAUUCCUACUUGGACAGCCCGGAUUUCAGAGAGCGGCUGCAGUGUCACGAGAUUGAGCUGGAGAGGACCAACAAGUUCAUCAAGGAGCUGAUAAAGGACGGCAGUCUGCUCAUCGGGGCCCUCAGGAAUCUAUCCAUGGCAGUGCAAAAAUUUUCCCAGUCGCUACAGGAUUUUCAGUUUGAGUGUAUUGGAGAUGCUGAAACAGAUGAUGAAAUUAACAUUGCCCAGUCACUGAAAGAGUUUGCCCGGUUACUGAUUGCUGUAGAAGAGGAGAGAAGACGACUUAUCCAGAAUGCCAAUGAUGUGUUAAUAGCACCACUGGAAAAGUUUCGUAAGGAACAAAUAGGUGCAGCAAAAGAUGGGAAGAAGAAGUUUGACAAGGAAAGUGAGAAAUAUUAUUCCAUUCUAGAGAAGCACUUAAAUUUAUCAGCAAAGAAAAAAGAAUCUCAUUUGCAAGAUGCAGAUAUGCAGAUUGACAGAGAACAUCAAAACUUUUAUGAAGCGUCAUUAGAAUAUGUGUUUAAAAUUCAAGAAGUACAGGAGAAAAAGAAAUUUGAAUUUGUUGAACCUCUUUUGGCAUUUCUUCAGGGAUUAUUUACUUUUUACCAUGAGGGAUAUGAGCUGGCCCAGGAGUUCACCCCAUACAAGCAACAGUUGCAAUUCAACUUGCAGAAUACACGAAAUAAUUUUGAAAGUACCAGGCAGGAAGUAGAGAGACUGAUGCAGAGAAUGAAAUCUGCCAACCAGGAUUACCAGCCACCCAGUCAGUGGACAAUGGAAGGCUAUCUCUAUGUGCAGGAGAAACGACCCCUUGGAUUUACCUGGGUAAAACAUUACUGUACUUACGAUAAAGGGACAAAAACAUUUACAAUGAGUGCAGCUGAAACAAAGUCUGGUGGGAAAGUGAAUGGCCUUGUCACAAGCUCACCAGAAAUAUUCAAGCUAAAAUCCUGCAUCCGGAGAAAGACUGAUUCAAUUGACAAACGUUUCUGUUUUGAUAUUGAAGUAUCUGAAAGACAUGGGAUCAUAACACUUCAGGCUUUUUCAGAGUCCAACAGGAAACUUUGGCUGGAAGCUAUGGAUGGAAAGGAACCAAUUUACACUUUACCAGCCAUUAUUAGCAAGAAGGAAGAAAUGUUCUUAAAUGAAGCAGGUUUUAACUUUGUGAGGAAAUGUAUUGUUGCUGUGGAGACAAGAGGUAUCACAAUCUUGGGGCUGUACAGAAUAGGAGGUGUAAACUCCAAAGUGCAAAAACUGAUGAAUACCAUAUUUUCCCCGAAAUCUCCUCCUGAUAUGGAUAUUGAUAUGGACGUUUGGGACAAUAAAACAAUAACAAGCGGACUAAAAAACUACCUCAGGUGUCUUACAGAACCACUGAUGACCUUCAAGUUGCACAAGGAUUUCAUUAUUGCCGUUAAAUCCGAUGACCAGAACUACAGGGUUGAGGCAGUACAUGCACUUGUUCAUAAAUUACCAGAGAAAAACAGAGAGAUGCUGGACAUCCUAAUCAAGCAUUUGGUCAAGGUUUCAUUACACAGUCAACAAAAUCUCAUGACCGUCUCCAACCUUGGUGUUAUCUUUGGGCCGACUCUGAUGAGAGCCCAGGAGGAAACAGUGGCUGCUAUGAUGAACAUUAAGUUUCAGAAUAUCGUAGUGGAAAUUCUGAUAGAGCAUUAUGAAAAGAUAUUUCACACUGCACCAGACCCCAACAUUCCUCUUCCCCAGCCUCAGUCCCGUUCAGCUUCCAGAAGAUCAAGAGCAAUAUGCCUCUCAACAGGCUCACGCAAACCCAAAGGAAGAUAUACCCCAUGUCUGGCAGACCAUGAUAGUGAUUCAUACAGUAGUAGCCCAGACAGCACCCCCAUGGGCAGCAUAGAAUCGCUCUCUUCUCAUUCAUCAGAACAAAACAGCACCACAAAAUCCGCCUCAUCCCAACCCAGGGAGAAAUCAGGAGGAAUUCCAUGGAUUGCAUCUCCACCUUCUUCCAAUGGACAAAAGAGCUCAGGCCUCUGGACCACAAGUCCAGAAUCCUCCUCUAAGGAGGAUGCGACAAAAACAGAUGUGGAGUCAGACUGUCAAAGUGUAUCUUCUGUCACUAACCCAGAGAAUACAUCUCCACCGAUAGAUCUGACCAAAAAAGGGCUUUAUGGUCUGUCUGGGCUGAAAAGGUCUGCAGCUUCCUCCCUCAGAUCAAUCCCUUCAGCAGAAGUUACCUUUCUGCUUGAUAGGCUGUCUGUUCUCUUUCUUGGUGACAAAAGUUGCAGUGGAUCUGUACAGAGCUUAGCCUCAAUUGAUGCCAAAGAUACACCAAAGGCUCCACUAAAUCCUGAGUUGCCACCCAAAAUGCGCAGGAGAUUGAGAUUGGAUACUGCAUCAAGUAAUGGCUAUCAGAGACCAGGAUCCGUAGUGGCCGCAAGAGCCCAGUUGUUCGAAAGUGCUGGUUCACUUAAACAAGCUUCUUCAGGACGACAAGCCAAAGCCAUGUAUUCCUGUAAAGCUGAGCACAGUCAUGAGCUCUCCUUCCCACAGGGGGCGAUAUUUUCAAAUGUGUACCCAUCAGUGGAACCAGGCUGGUUAAAAGCAACGUAUGAAGGCAAAACAGGACUAGUUCCAGAGAAUUAUGUUGUCUUCCUCUAGUAAUCUUUAGUGGACAGCAGUAUCUUCAUGGUAUCCAUGGUAACAAAUAAUAAGCACUAUGAUUUUAUCUGACACAGAUGUGGGGAUCAGCCCGUUAGCAGAGAGUGGUAGAUUUUCUUCAAAUUCUGCAAGGGCAAAUUAGGUAGCGCCCUAUAAAUGGAACAGGACAUAAUGAAAUAGUUAACAGUUUUUUGUACUGCAGAUGGUACUCUGUUUAAAUAACUUCCAUUGUUUGUAACACAAGCAUGUUGCAUAUUUCUUUUAUGGAUAAGGAACAGUUGAGCAAUAAAAUCAGAAAAUUAGCUGCAGAACAUGUCAGACCUGAGAUAUUGCUCAACCAGCAUGAAAUUCACAGGCAAUGCACUCUGCCGAUCCUUACAAUUAUAUUGUUUUACAUGUAAAAAAUUAUAUGUUUGUUCAUAAAGCAAGAUAUAUUUCUAUGAUCUGCCUUCUGCAUUAGAAAACUUGAUUCUGAGACUGGUCCCAGUCAUUUCAUGGAAGAAGUUAAUCUGCCAUAAAAGCAGAGUUUUGAAUCUCUUGUUAUGCAACGAGAUCAUAGUAUACAGAUCCAGUAAUGUAUGUAAUUUAUAUAACUGAUAACCAAAUUAGAUUGUACACUGAUUAAGCAGUAAGUCCUCUUUCAAAAUGUGACCUUUUUUAAAUCAUUUAAUUCAAAUAUUGUACAGAUUUAUCUUAUUUCCUCCUUACUUUCAUCAGUUUGUUUUAUCAAUAUAAUUAAUAUUAAUAAUAAAUUAUAUGUCUAGCAUCCAUCUUCCCUAAGACAUUCUCGGCUUGUCUCAAAAACACAACCGUACCAAACAAAGAAGUACUGAAAGUAAAAUGAUGGGGAAAUGUGUGAGGUUAGCAACAAAGAAUGAAAAUAAAUCUAAAACCUGAAAUAAAACAUAGCAGAGUCCCACAAUGCCAUUAAGACACCCAAAUUGUUUUUCAGAUUUUCCACCGCAUACAAGACAAAUGACCUAUGAAGUGUCUAGUUUUAUAAGCUAUGAUUUCUAAAGGCUGCUUUUAGCUGUAAAAAGUAGCUGACAUGAGAUAAACUUUGAUUAUUUUGUUAAGUUUGAAAUACAGUUUCCUCAGAAUUUCACUUAGUUAUUUGACAACAAUUCCAAAACAUGAUGAUAAAACCGCUUGGUAUAGAUAUUUACAAAUAAUCAUUAAUUACUCCAGCUGGAACUAAAAGGCAGUCAUUUUCUAACUACUGACAUUAAAUUUUGUGUGAGUUUUCCCAUCAAAGUACAAUGGCUUGUAUUAAUAAAAGGCUGUAAUAAACAGUGAA